GGGAGGUGAGCUGGGCGCGGAGCAUCUUCCUAGAAGGGGCCGUCAUGUUUACUUCAGACCGUUUUCUGGGUAAAUAGCUAGUACUCCCGCCGCCGCCAUGCCGUAGGUAUCCCGCUGGGCGUUUUGAUGAAGCCGAACGGGGAUCGCAGCUGGCAGGAAGCCGGGUGGUCGUAACCGAAGGUGGGAGGAUGCACUGGGCUGCUGGCUUCGCCUCCUCCCGGCCGUGCGUGGUGGAACUGGGGCGGAAUCACAGCCUGCCGCUCGGGAUAUGCGGUUCCGAGCAGCAGCAGUCAUUAUAUGGCUACAUCAUCGCUUUUCCUUUGCAGGACUACGGAGGCAUCAUGUCUGCUCUGGGCUCGGACUCCUGGUGGAAGAAGACCCUCUACAUCACCGGGGGGGCCCUGCUGGCUGCUGCAGCCUACCUACUGCAUGAGCUGCUCGCCAUCAGGAAGGAGCAGGAGUUGGACUCUAAGGAUGCCAUCAUCCUCCAUCAGUUCUCCAGACCAAAUAACGGCAUCCCCAGCCUCUCCCCCUUCUGUCUCAAAAUAGAGACGUACCUGCGCAUGUUGGAUCUACCUUACCAGAACUACUUUGAUGGGAAGCUGUCACCGCAGGGAAAGAUGCCAUGGAUUGAGUAUAACUAUGAGCAGGUGUCGGGGUCAGAGUUCAUCGUGGAUUUCCUGGAGGAGAAACUGGGGGUCAACCUGAACAAGAACCUCACCCCACAAGAAAUCGCCGUGUCCAGAGCAGUAACCAAAAUGGUUGAGGAGCACCUCUACUGGACUAUAGCCUACUGCCAGUGGGUGGACAACGUAGAAGAAACCCAGAAGCUGCUGGCAAUGAACGGUCCUCUAAGUGACACCCUAAAGUGGCUGCUGAGCCAUCUGAAUGGCAGCGUAGUGCGCAGAGAGAUGUACGGCCACGGCAUCGGCCGUUUCUCCAAGGAGGAGGUCUACACGCUAAUGGAGAAGGACCUGAGAACACUGGCCACUCUGCUGGGGGAUAAGAAAUACUUUAUGGGCUCUAAGAUGUCAACAUUAGAUGCCACAGUGUUCGGCCAUCUAGCUCAGGCUAUGUGGACUCUACCUGGGACCCGGCCAGAACAACUUAUCAAAGGAGAGCUGAUCAACCUGGCCAUGUUCUGCGAACGGAUGCGAAGAAAGUUCUGGCCCGAGUGGUUCGUGGAGGUGGAGGAUCUUUAUUACGAUGGAGACAGCGAGAGCAGCACCAGUAGCACCCCUGCAUGCCUGUUGGACUUUGGCCUGUUCUCCAGGACUGACACUCUAGAUGACAGUGACAGCAGCAGCCAGUCAGCCAGACACACACACACCCCUUCCCCUGAGUCGGACCACUCACUUUUUGAUUCGGACAUGGGGACGGGCUCUGAAAAUGACAUUCAGCUCAAAGAGGAAAUAAUGCCAGACCUGGAGGUUUGAGUUGUGACUGAUUAACAAAGUGGGACUGACAGGAAAACUGGAAUAGUCAAUGUGGCAGGCAGCUGUGUGGUUGCACAUGAACAACCUGUCCAGAUGACCGUUUGCAUAUCUGGGGAAACUAUUCCAGGUUCUCCACUGACAAAACCCAGCAUGUUACCGCUUCCUUCUGACUGGGUGUUUAUAUGCAGAGGAUACAAAGUAAACCUCCUAAAACAUGUAGUGUGCCGUUUGUCCCGUUCUGUAUCACCUGAACUGUCACAUCGGCAGUUCAUCUUUGCCUUAUUUGUCUCAUUCUCAGAUACAGAAGUCGCCCUGAAAGUUGCACCAACUAAAUAUCUGAUCUCGUGCAGCGAUGGGGAGAAGGGUUGCAGACAAGACAGUUGGCACUUCACUUGCUAUGAAAUGAUUCAACUAAUCACCAUUCUGCCAUGUGUCAAAACGCAUAAAUCCAUUCAAACAGGUGGGGAUUGAUCGUGUGGAUCAAAAGGAACAGCUGCCGUGUCUCUGCUGUUUACCAUCCGUGUACUGAAUAGUAAACACAGACAAAAGCGAGUGCCACGUCUUGUCCAUCACAGAUCCUAGUGCCAUGUCCUUUAUGCUGCUGUGUACUGUUGGAAAUCUUAUUGAAAAGGGGCCUAUGACUUCAUCGUUUCCAACCCAAAUCUUUCAGCAGGUUUAUUGGAUGGAGAGCAGAAGGAAACAUUUGUGCCUGUUUCAAUUACCAGUUAUCGUCUUUAUUUUUCUUCAUUGAGUAAAUAUCUUCAUGCACUUUAUGUUUAGGCUUGGGUUUUUAAAAAAUGGUUUCAACACAUUUGAUGUGUAAGUCUGUAUUCGACCACUAGAUGGAGGCAUAGGGCACCCCUAUGGCCUUCCAAGCAGAUUCCUGAAGGAGAUGCGAGUCAUUUACUGCUACAAAUAUUUGUCCCUCAUUCCCGACAUUGUAAUUCCCACUCAUUGGUGACCUGUCUUACAGCGUGUAGGUGUUGUGUGUGGGUGCAUUCAUAACGGCAAACUGAAACUGAGCACAGCAACAAAUCAGCCUUAGUGCUCAGAAUAUUUAUAAAAUGGUGACAUUAGUUGUUUUUUUUGUUUUUGAAUAAUUUAAUACCAGUGCCGUUCAAUUUUUUUCUAAUGAGUUUAUGUAUAUAAAUAUAUAUUUCUUGUUUUCUUAUUGCUCUCAGAAACAUGUUAUUUUGCACUACUGGGGAAUUAUUUUUUACCUUAUGUCAAAGGAAGAAGUCUGCUGUGAAGGCACAGAGAGGGCCGAAAAGGAAUGCUAUGAUCGAUGUAACAUGGGAAACUAAAGGUUCUGUCAGUGAUCAUUCAGUAAGGGAGAAUGCAUUGCUUAUGUUGGCUGUGUGUAUGUGAAAUUUACCCGGUGUGAAUGUCAUCAGUGAGACAUUUCACCACUGAGUCAGAAUAUCAAACCAGAGGUAGGUAGAUGGAAAAACUCCAAAUGGACCAAAAGCGUCUUUCAGGUAGAAGAGCUCAAAAUCUAAUCGUAGAGAUGCAGGUAACUUUGUUGGCACCACCGGUAAAGAUGUUCAAAAAGUCUAAAAAUAAAUUCAUCUUUUAUUGCUUCAGCAUAGUCUCACAGUAAUAUUUUUUUAAUUCAACUGUAAUUUGAGUACAUUUUUUUUAGUGAGGGGAAAAUCUAACAUUAGGAAACAACAAAACCACCACUGGUACAAUUAUUAGUAACCCUGCUGUCAACCCCUUUUUGCCAGCAGGAAGGCCUUCAGUCUAUCUAAUAAGUUUGGAGUAUACAGAGGGAGGGAUCUUUGGCCAGUCCUCUUUGUACAAUCUUUCUAGAUGAUCUAUCCUGGGUCUUUCUUUUAUGCUCUCUUCUCUUGAGUUUUUUUUAAAUAGGUCCAAUAGGUCCAAUGAUUGAGAUGGAAGAAGAUGAAUUUGAAUCUGAUGAUGCAUUUCUGUGGUUAUUUGGACAUAUACUUUGGAUCAAUGUCCUGUUGAAAGGCCAAAUGAUGACCCAUUUUCAAUUUCCUAGAGACCAACAGAUUGGUAUUUUGAAAUCUCCUGGUAUUUCAUGAGUGUUCAUGUUGUGCACUCUUAUACAAUUUCUUUGGAAGACAAGCAGACACGCAGCAUCACAGGGCCACUACCGUACCUAAUAUUGGGGAUGAGAUGCUUUUCCGAACAUUUAUCCUACAUUCUGGGUAUACCUCAAAAAUAAACAGGUUGACAGGUAGAUUGCAUCUAGUAGCUGUUACAGAGACUUGGCGACCUCCAACAUGCCUCUCUUGGCCGCACUUCUCUAACUGUGAGCUUUGGAGCUUUUUUUCCCCUACCUUACAACCCUGCUCACUGUACGUUGUGGUAAAAUAAAUAUGGGUUAUCUUCCAGCCUGAUAGCUAAAGGUGAUUGGUUCCUGUGCCAUCACAUAUAUGCACCCCAGGGGAACAGAAAGUUGUAGAUUACGAAUUAGACGUUCCUAGAAACUCUGACCGAUUAAAACAAGUAAAAUAAAUAUAUUAAAGAUGCUUCAUCUACAUGUAUGUUAAAAGUAUUGUUAGGGAUACCAACAAAUGUGACUUUAUUAAAAACAAUUUCUAAUGAGAUUAUUGUGAAUGUUUAUGUGCACAUUUGCACAUACUGCAAUAAAAGAUACAUUAUUAGGAGCUUUUACACAUCUUUACCACUGGUACCAACAGAUAUGUACACAUCUGUAUUUAAAAUGGGUGGACCAGUCAAUUUACAUAAUACAUUGUCCACAUGUAGUGGUUCAUAGAUCUCCCUAACACAAGGUGAGAUGAGUUGAAAUUUACUUGUGGCUCAGAAAAAAAAGCUCAGCAACCUCUUAUUUUUUCAUAAUUUCUUUCACACGUUCUGCUGCUCUGAGUUACCCUGGAACAAGACACAAACCACUUACAAAAAGUGAGACGUUUCAAACUUCUAGCAUAAACUAAUGUGACUAAUAUAACUAGUUUACGCAUCAGGUAAAAAAUGGAAAAUGAAAAUAACUCUCUUUCUGAAAGGACAAGUUUGUCCAAGGCUAUCUCUCUAAAUCAGUUCUUUUUCCAGCCACACAACCUCUCUGUUUUGUUUUGGUUCAGUCUCACUGCUCUCAUUAGCAUCCUUCCUAGAAGCAGCAGGGCGCUCAUUCAGCAAAGCGAAACUAACCACCCACCCCACCCCUACUCACCCGCUUCCCCCUGCACAUUGAUUGCUCCAAAACAAAUGACUCACCAAUUAAGCUAGCGCCUGGCUGGUAAAGUACGCCAACUGAGUGUUUGUCUACCAGUCAGCCAGAUAUGCCGUUCAAGACUUCAGUUAAAAUCUGGAAAUAAUUAGAAAGUUCAUGUUAAACUCAUUUUGUUUGGAAAAUAAAUUGGUAGUGUUUGUUUGGAUUUGCAUACAGGCAUGGGCCAGUUACAAAUAUAAAGGUUUUAACAAGUUUCAAAAGUGCUAAAAUGUUCUGUGGUAUAUUAUUUCUACCAUAUAAAGCCCUUUUUAAUUAGAUGAGACAAAGACAAGAACGACAGGAGUUUUCUUUGGCUGUUUGGAGCAUAGAACAAUGUAGCAAAGGCCCAACCGCAUCUGUGACUGCACACUGUCAGUCAGCUGGCUGAAAAAAGUUAAAAAACCUUUCUAUGGCCUACAAGAAAGACAAAUUAUGGCUUGAAAAAUACAGUAAUCACUCACCAGGCAUGUGUUUUAGGAAUACAUGUAACCUUUUUUAUUUACAAAAAAAGAAACUAUAUUUAAUCGCAUUUUUGUUUGAAAUUUCUGUGAUACCAUGAAACUAGGUAAUUUUUCCACAAGGUGAUCAUGCUGUGAAAAUUUCACUGUGGACCACGCCUGCUUGCACGUCAAAUAAAAUUCCAUCCACCUUCAAAGUUCUGGGACAAACAUAGUCAAUCUUAGCAUCUAGGCAGUAAAAUCAAAUUAUUUUGUCAUUGUUCCGUUUAAUAAGCUGAAGGCUGGUUAGGUGUUUUAGUGGCUUUAGGUCAGAGCUUGGUUCUUAGACUUUAAGGAUGUCCUUCCAACAUGUUGGUCCAGGGGUCUCAUCUGUCCUGAUCCAUCCAGCUGUCAGUCAUCUCUCUGGGUCAGGUCACCACAAACAGUACAGUUGGACUGAUUUAAUCAAGCCAUAUUAAUACUACUAGAUGUAUUGUUUUUGGAGCCAUGUCAUAGCAUUAGUGCUGGUGUAAUGUAAAUAUUGUGUGACAAUGUGUAUCCUGCUGUAUGUUGGUCUGACUGACUGAUCCAACUACCUGUGGUUGUUCAGUCAUAAAAAGUGGGGCGACUGGAGGAUUUCAAUAAAGUCUAGCUGUGACAAUUUUGAA